AUGGAUAAUAACUACAGGUUUAAUGGGCGGAGCCAAACCUAUGCUAAAAAUAUCAAUGACCUAUGGUUUGCCUCACAGCUUGGCUUACGAGAUAUAGCUACUGCUCUCAUCGAAGAAAAAGCCGAUGUUAAUAUUUGUGACGACAAGGGCCGAACGGCAUUGGCUAUGGCAGUAAUGGGGGGACAUGAGGAAAUAGUCCGGUUACUAAUAGAUCGGGGAAGCGAUAUAUCAGCCCAAGACAAGGAUAAACGAACAGUAUUGCACUACGCGAUUGCCCCGGAUCGCCUAGGGGUGAUCGAAAUACUUAUUACUGAAGCAAACGUCGAAAUCAAUGCAAGAGAUGGAGAUGGAUCCACGCCUUUACAUUAUGCGGCAGAGGCAGGCCUAGAAGAUGUGGUAGAAAAACUGCUGGAUCAUAACGCCGAUCCAAAACUGAAGAGCAAAUGGGGAUGGACGCCGCUUGACUCAGCAGCCCCAUCAGGUUAUCAAGGAAUAGCAACUAAGCUCUUAGAUCAUGGGGCUGAUGCUGAUUCGACUGAUCAGGAAGGAUACACUGCUCUGUAUUGGACAGCGCCAGGUGAAUAUAAAGACACAGUGGAGUUACUUUUAAACCGGGGAGCAAAGCCCGAUUUAGGCAAUCGAAAUGGCGUAACUCCACUCCACGCCACUGCUUACAAUGGAGUUGAAGAGAUCAUGAAGCUCCUGCUUGAUAAAGCUACUGAAAUUAAUCCCCAAGACAACUCACAGUGGACGCCACUUCACGCUGCUGCAUUGAAUGGACGAGAUGAUAUGGUACGACUACUCCUCGAGCGAGGUGCUGAAGCUGGUGUGGUCGACGAAGAUGGAUGGACCCCUCUAGAGGUAGCAUGUUGGAUGGACCACGAACCUGUAAAACAAAUCUUAAUAGAAAAAACCGAUGGCGGGGACGAAAUAGUUGAACGGGUGAAGCGCGAUAAAAAAUACAAAUCUCUCGAGGUAUGGAGAAAACAACAGGCAGAGGAGAAAGGAGGCUACGAACUUGCAGCUACCCGUGCUCUAGACCUUAUUUCCCGAGGCCGUAUCGACAAAGUCCAGGCUCUUCUUUCAGACGGUUUGGAUGUUAACGGGUACCAAAGGGGAAAUAUGACCCCCCUCUCUGUAGCAGUUGGCUGGCAUCAAAAAGAAAUCUGCCGGUUGCUUCUCGACAAUGGAGCCGACGUCAAUAAACCUGGAGGCCGGAACGACAGGACUGCACUCCAUAUAGCAUCUUAUUAUGGUGACUGUGAUAUAGUCAGAAUGCUUCUGGAAGCGGGAGCGGAUAUCAACGCAAUCGACACGUUAGGGAAUACUCCGCUCUCCCUUGCUGUUGAUUAUAGAGAACGAAAUACAGCCGAGAUACUAAUUGAGAAAGGGGCUGAUUUAAACAUUGGGACGCACUCAGGCUUUGUGCCUCUCCUUCUUGCUAUUUAUAGCGGUGAUGAAGAACUCGUGCGGAUGUUACUCAAAAAGGGGGCUGAUACCGAAAGACCGGACAACGACGGGUUUACGCCGUUGCUAACAGCAAUCCACCAGAGAAAAUACGAGAUAACCAAGUUGCUACUAGAAGAAGGAGCAAACGUAAAUGCGGCAAGUACGGACGGGACGUUAGCAUUUGAAUUGGCAAUAAACCGUGGCUGUCAUGAGAUCUGCUGUCUCCUAAGACCUGGCUAUGAGUUCGAGGUAGGAGGAGAUGACUAUAAAUCCGGAUUUGAGUCUGAAGGUAGCGGCUCAGGGCCGGAAGAAGAGGACGAAGAAGAUAUAGUGCUAGUUUCUAGAGAAUAA